CUUUGUUAUGUAACCUUGUUGAGAUCAAAUUGGGAUGCUAUGAGUUAGAGCCAAAUAAAAGCCAAUCUGCUGAGGAUUAUCUUAAAUCCUUUAUGGAGACAGAGGUGAAGCCCUUGUGGCCUAAGGGCUGGAUGCAGGCAAGAAUGCUUUUUAAGGAAAGCCGAAGUGUACAUAACCAUCUUACUUCUGCUCCGGCAAAGAAAAAGGUGAUUCCUGCACCUAAACCCAAAGUAAAAGAGGUGAUGGUAAAGACCCUUCCUUUCCAUUCUUUCCCCACUAUGCUUAAGGAAUGUAGUCCAAAAAAGGACCAGAAAACUCCUGCGUCCUUGGUGGCUUCAGUUGGUGGUCCUCCAACGAGCUCUAGCACAUCUGCUGUUGCUGCAGCCAGCUCUAGCUCCGCACCAGCCCAAGAAACCAUCUGCCUUGAUGACUCGCUGGAUGAAGAACUUUCUUUCCAUUCACCUUCACUGGAUCUUGUUUCUGAAGCUUUAGCUGUUAUCAACAAUGGGAACAAGGGCCCUCCGAUUGGCUCAAGGAUAAGCAUGCCAACUACAAAACCUCGUCCAGGACUGAGAGAAGAAAAAUUAGCAAGUAUCAUGAGUAAGCUGCCACUGGCUACUCCUAAAAAACUAGAUUCUACUCAGACUGCACAUUCUUCAAGUCUUAUUGCUGGUCACACAGGGCCAGUACCAAAGAAACCCCAGGAUUUAGCUCAUACUGGCAUCUCUUCAGGCCUUAUUGCUGGUUCUUCAAUUCAGAACCCUAAAGUUUCUUUAGAACCAUUGCCAGCCAGGCUACUUCAGCAAGGACUACAGAGGUCAAGCCAGAUUCAUGCUUCUUCCUCUUCACAGACUCACGUCUCCUCCUCAUCCCAAGCCCAAAUUGCUGCCUCCUCUCAUACUCUGGGAACUUCUGAGGCCCAAGAUGCUUGUUCGUUAACACAAGUAACAAAGGUGCACCAGCAUUCAGCUGUCCAACAGAACUAUGUGUCUCCAUUACAAGCAACCAUUAGUAAAUCACAGACCAACCCAGUGGUGAAAUUAAGUAAUAAUCCCCAACUUUCCUGUUCAUCCCCACUUCUUAAGACUUCAGAUAAGCCACUUAUGUACCGCCUUCCCUUAUCUGCCCCCUCAUCUGGAAAUGGUUCUCAAGGGUCCCACCCCCUGGUUUCUAGGACAGCACCUAGCACCACUACCUCCAGUAACUACUUAGCCAAGGCUAUGGUGUCACAAAUCUCCACGCAGGGUUUCAAAUCUCCCUUCUCAAUGGCUGCAUCCCCCAAACUUGCCGCAUCUCCCAAGCCUGCAACAUCCCCUAAACCCUUGCCCUCACCUAAGCCUUCUGCUUCACCUAAGCCCUCUCUAUCAGCAAAGCCUUCAGUAUCAUCUAAACUUAUUUCUAAAUCCAACCCAACUCCCAAGCCUACUGUAGCCCCAAGUUCUUCCAGUCCAAAUGCGCUAGUAGCCCAGAGUAGCCACCCCAACAGUAACAACCUAGUCCAUAAACAGCCCAGUGGAAUAAACAUCAGCAGACAGUCUCCCACCUUGAAUUUAUUGCCCACUAAUCGCACAUCAGGCCUUCCAUCUACAAAAAGUCUCCAGGCCCCUUCAAAGCUAACAAACUCAUCAUCCACUGGAACUGUUGGGAAGAACAGCUUGAGUGGAAUUGCAAUGAAUGUACCUGCCAGCAGAGGUAGCAACCUUAACUCAAGCGGAACUAAAAGGACUAGUCUAUCUGGGGGAACAGGAAGUGGAACACAGGGUGCUACUAAACCGUUGUCUACUCCACAUAGACCAUCCUCUGCCUCAGGGUCCUCAGCGGUAACAGCCAGUGUGCAGUCCACAGCAGGAGCAUCAUUAUUGGCUAAUGCCUCACCUCUGACUCUCAUGACAUCACCUUUGUCUGUAACAAAUCAAAAUGUGACUCCUUUUGGGAUGCUGGGUGGCCUUGUUCCAGUGACCAUGCCCUUCCAGUUUCCCUUGGAGCUACUUGGCUUUGGAACGGACACUGCUGGAGUGACAACCACCUCGGGAUCUACCUCAGCCGCUUUCCACCAUAGCCUAACUCAGAAUUUACUAAAGGGUUUACAGCCAGGAGCUCAGCAUGCAGCAACACUUUCCCACUCACCUCUGCCUACACACUUACAACAAACAUUUAAUGAUGGAGGCCAAAGUAAAGGGGACACUAAAUUACCACGGAAAUCUCAGUGACUUCCCAGCAAGCAAAGGAGAUGAAACAUUUGGUUGGCUGGUGGAAUCUACCUGAUGGGAAAGUACUUAUGUGGUCAUAGGGCUGCUGUUUCUGUCGAUGUUUACAUUCUCUCGUCCCAAGCACUGUGGUGAGGAGGAAAAAGAAAAGAAAACAUUACUUGAGCAAAGCCAGGUGCAGGAGGAAAAAAUGCUUUUGUGCAAAGUUAGUGACCUUUGGUCUCUUCUAAAGAAAGACAAAAGUUACCAUAUUAACUGACUUGAGAGAGACUCAGUUGUCAAACCCACAGAUGUACAAAUUUGAUUUUUCCCGGGGGAGAAAGAAGGAAGUCCAGAGGAUUUGGGUAAACUCCAUCCAUCCUGGGGGUUGGAUCUGAACACUUGUAGACAUAAGUACAUAAUAAAAGGCACUGUAUCUGGGAUUAGGCUAGUUUGUCAGGAGUAAUGAUCAUGUCUACGUGCGUGGACUAUGUAGAAAUUUGCCACAAAAAAAUUUGAUGGCUCUGUCUGAUAUAGAUAGUAGCUGAAGAAAUAUUGUACCCUCAAAAAUCCUGAGCAAACUUGAAUCUUCUCCAGUGUAUAGCAACUCCCCAUGUAAAUCAGUGGACUAAAGAUGUGUCAGGAAAGUUAUUUUAGCACAGUGAUAUGUAUUAUUAAAUCAUCUAGAUUUUUCAAAGUCAGGAAGUUGAGCCUGUUGCUCUUAACAAACGAAACCUAGAUGUCACCUUUUUGUAAAAGGGUCAAUUUCAUCUUCCAUUCAGAAGCAGGUACUUAACUCUUCUUCAGGUCAUUUGUGCAUCUGGUAUUGACUGGUUAUUCUUAUUUCCAUUCUUGAUGUUAAAAUGUGAUGGUGUUCAGAUUUUUUUCUUAAGAAAUGGGGAUGUUUGAUAUAGAGCUGCUCCUUUGUUGCUCUUAGCACUUGCAGCAACAUCAACUGUAAGUUUCCCCCCAAAUGCACUUCACUUCACAGCUUCUUCUGUUCUUUUAACUAGUGGUACUUCAGGUGAUUAUGAACUAUUGAUAUAAACAGAUAGAAGUAUAUGCUUUGUUUCUUCAUUGGACAUUCAAAUGGCAUGAAUAUGGCUUUUGAAUUUUUAAGAUGGUAUUUUAAAGGGAGGAAUUACAUUAGGGUAACAAUCACAAUGUAUUUCUACUCCCUAUAUCCAGUGUAGUGGAAUUGUUUGGAGCAUUUGGGAUUCUAAAGCUUUACUGGUAUUAUAUUUAGUCAGAUUAUUGAUAUGUGAGCAAACUUACAGAUGAUAAGGCUCCUUAGUUAUUACAGCUUCCUUAUGCAAAUAGCAUAUUCAACAAAGGAUGUUAAGGGAAAAAUUUAUGGUUCUCUUUGGAUACAUUUUAUUAGAUUUUUUUUUUUUUUUUUUUUAAGCUUCUGAAUGUUUUCUAACUAUAUCCAAGAAUGGUGUAAGCUUGGUCCAUUUAUAAUGGCAAACUAACUUAAAAACAUUAGACUGAUAGUAGCAAGAUUUCUUGCAUAUGUUUUUAUUACACAUUAUACUGUUAAGUUUAUUCAAAUAAGAGUAUUAACCAGGCCCUUUUUUCCUUUUAUAAACAAAAGUCCCCAAUAGCCUACAGAACUGUGAAUAAAUAACCACAGAUCUGUUCAGAUCUGUAUGCCUAUAUUUUGACUUCAAAGUCACAUUGGCUUGCUUCAUAGCGAAAAAGUUAAUGAAUAACUGAAAACUUUAGUUCCAAGAACUUGUUACAGUAAGGGGAAAGAAUUAUUUCAAAGGAAUCAUUGAUUUAAUUUCUUGACUCUGAGAAUUUAUUUAACAACAGAAGAAAUGGGGAUGUUGUAUGAAGCCCUAUAGAUAUUUUGGAAGGAUGCUGUGAUGUCACGUAGGGGUUUGACUUGAAUUUAGUAUGUUUGGUUAAAAGUUUGCUUGGUUUUAAUUAGGGAAACUUACCCAAUUCUUGAUUUAUCCCAAUGUAGUGGACCCCUUGUGUUUAUCAAAUUUGACUUUGCCAAUACUAUCUGGGUAAGCGAUGGGAGUUUUCCUUUGGGAAGGUAGCCUUUAUUUUAUUUCUAAUACCAGGAGAGAAGUCAAAGUGCAUAUUAAUCUCUCUUCCUACUGAUAAUUAUAUGUGUAUUUGUGUGUGUGUGUGUGUAUAUAUGUGUGUGUGUAACACACACAUAUUCAUAUAAAUUACUAAUUUGAGUCAAAAAAUAAUUUUAAUUUCUUAAAUCCAUCAAUUCCAAAUCAUGCCAUAUGAGAAAUCCCUGAUGAGUCUUUGCCAUCAUUAGAAAAGAACAGAAUAAUUAGUUAUUUCCUCCUGUGUCAUUUUAUACUAACCAGUAAAAAUAUCUGAAUGCCCUUGGCUCUAAAAAUAUAAUAUUGCAAUUAUAUUCUAUUCUCUUCAGUCUUGAGUGUUUGAGGACUCCUGUUAGGUCCCCACCUUAAACCCCCUCCCCCAUUGUCACUGACCGCUCACAUCCGUUUCAAUCAAGACCUCCCCUUCCUUUUAUGUUGUACAAAUGAGUCAAACAUACUUGUAUUCCUUCAUAGAUAAAGUAUGAUCAGAGAGUUUCUACAUGUAAAUACCUACAUUUCUUUUCUAGAUCAUAACAUUGAAAAUGGUGUCCAUACUUUGUGGUCACAUAUCUUUACAGUUUUUAUUACUAAAAAAACAAACAUAAAUUGGUUAUUUUUUAACACAGAGACUUGUGACUCAUACCGUAUUUUUGCACUUAAAAAUCAAAUUAUGUUAUUUUUAAAAUGGUGAGUAAUUGGAAAGGCUAUCUAUAGAACAAUAUGUAUUUCUAAAGAGCAUUAGCAACAUCCAGAUGCAAAAAUAAUCAGCACACAUAAUUAUGUCCCACUCAGUGGGAUUCUUGAUUCAGGAAGAUUAAGCUGUUUGUUUUCAACUGUCUUAUAUUUUAAAUGGCCUUCACUGAUAUAUAAGCUGUUACUGUACAUACAAUUUAAUCCUCAGUAUUCACAAGCAAUAAUGGUGGUCAGCAAAGUUGUCCUCAGGGACAGCAGUGCUGAGCCUCAGUUGGAGACUGGGAGCAAAGUGUCAAGCUCGUUCAGAGCCUCCAGAAUAAAUGCAAGCAAUAAUUUCCAUUAUAAGUCAAUUAUAAUUCUUUCUCAUAUGCUUCUGAGAUCAGAUGGUAAACAAAGUCAUCAUUUUUAAAACAGCCUGAAAAAAAAGGUUUUGGGAAAACAAGUGAGGUUAAUCUGUAGUCACAAAGUCCUGAUUUUUUGAGGCGAUCAGAGUUUUGUGUUAGUGCAUUAUUUCAUGACCACCACCCCUUUGAUGGAUGUUGUUAGCCCAAAUUACAUUUUUUUAUAUUAUAGAUAUUGAGUAAGGUUUAUUGGAUCACCAAGGUAAGGGGAAGAACCGGGCACAUACAUGUUUGGAUACUGUGGGUUUGACACCUGUUUGAAAACAACUCAUUGGAAAUGAUUUAUAACCCAGGAUAUUUUUUUCCCAAAGCAGAUCUAAAUUGUUUACUACCCAGGGUUGGAAAGGGCAGGCACCUCUAGUCUUUCUCCUCUGGUGGCCCUCUCCCACUCCUCUUUCCGCCUCUACUUGGUUAAAGACAUUUUCUGAAAUGAAAAUUCUACUGUUAUUCAAACUGCCAUUGAUUAUGAGAGCUCUGUGUCCUUUGGGAUCAUCUCUUAGAACUCCAGUUAUCUAUCAUAUUUGCUGCUACGUUUGUAAGAUGAACUUCGCCUGUAUUGGUUGACUUUAAUUUACAAUUCUUUAUUUCUGGGAGAUUUUGUCCUAUAAUUUGACCCAUGUAUAGAAUUAGGAAACUUUAUUUUAGGAGUGUACCAUAAAAGCACACUGGUCCCUAUAUUGUUUUUAUCAUUUAGGUUUUGAAUUUGUUUGCAUUUUUGUUUGUUGGUUUUUGUUUUGUUUUGUUUUUGAAGUUGGAAAUGGAAUGAGAAAACUCUAUAAUCAGGCCAAACUUGAGAACUUUCCCUGUGCUUCAGCACUAUAAUUUCUGCUGACCUAAUGUUCUCAAAAAAGGCACUUUUACUCUAUUGUGCAUGUAUGAUUGUUUUUUGUUUUUUUCUUUUGGGGGGCUUUUGUUUUUGUAAUAAUGAAGCAGAAGUAAAGUGCAGUAGUAGAUAAAUGACUGAUCACAAACAUAUUAUGCAAUUUUAUUUUAUAAAGUUUUAAGGGGAAAAGUUU